CGACAAACCAAACCGGAGGGUUGGAGUGCUGAAACUGUGUGCUGUCGCCCGUAUCAGUGUAGCCAUCUCUGGUCUGUGAGCCGACCUUACAAUGUCAUGCACAACACGACAACAGCAGACGCACGCACACCCCACGGUGUCUGCUGUCGUUUGUUUGUGUGUUUGUAUGUCUGCCGCCAUUUUUCAGAUCUGUCUGAGAUAUGGUGUUACGGCUACACCAACACCACUUCAGCUCACCGGCAGCCAGCCUCCCUCACUCCUCAACCCCCUCAGCAGCACCGUCCCACCUGGGGCUGCUGGCGAGUCACGGCAGCCGUGUUGUCAGUCUCGUGACGCCCAAGGAGGUGGGCGGGUAUGGCCGGUCUGCCGGUGUGGCGCCUUUAUUGUCGGUACUUCGGGGGUGACCUCAACACACACCUCAACGUACAUAGCGUGCUGGGUGAGUGGAUGGGAUGGAAGGAGGGAGGGAGAGAGGGUGGGGAAGGGCCAGUGACUGGGCGGCCGAAAAUUGGUGUGGUGUGGUGUCGUGUCGUGUCGUGUGGUGUGGUGCGGUGCGUUGUGCAGAUUUGGCACUGAGACGUUCGUUCAGCAGCAGCCAGAGGGCCGAGUUUGUGUCUGCCGAUGAGGCCAAAGUCAGGUACGUCGAGGCCCUCAACAAGAUGUACCCUUCCUGGAAUGGUAGGAAGAGGCCAACAAACUCGGACUCACCGCAUAGACAGACAGACAAUGAGCCGAUCGGCCGACCACACACAAACACACUGCUGCUGCUGCUGCUGGUGAGAUGGUGCUGUUGUGUUUUGCACUGAGAGGCGGUUCAGUCCGUUGUGUUCUGUCUUUCUAUGACGAAGGGGUUCGUGUGGCGGUGUCUUUCUCGAAGAGACUCACCUGUUGCCAGCUCCACUUUCUGGCCUCUCUUCCCUCUGCCAGCAGCUCUUGAUGUCCUGUGUGUUUCGAGUUUAGUCGAGAACACGCAGAGCGUCUGGGGCGGGCGGUGCAGUGGGCAGAGAGGCGGAAACAGCGGGGCGGUCUGUAUCGAUAACAGAGAGGCUAUCACUGGCUGGUGUCUGCCUGCUGACCUUGUCUGAUCGGUUCGCCACCAUCGUCGCAUCAGACGUCAGAUGGACCAUCCCAUUUGGCUCUCUGAUGCGACGAAGGAGGACAACCCUCGGGGAAGAUCGGUGGGCAGAUGAGAGGCUCUGGGUGCAUCGUAUGUGUGUGAGGCGAUGUCCCAAACAGGGGCAGGGAUGGAUGGAUGGAUGAGUGGAUGGAUGGAUGAGUGGCCACAAGAGGCCUUGCUGUUGCGUGCCGCUGGCGUGGGGGGUCAUCGCGUGUUUCCAGACAGGCAUGGCGUACUGAUCUUAGUCUUGUGAGUGCCGUCUUCGUUUGUGUAUGCCACUCAGUUGUUGGCCUUCACUGUGUGAGAUUCAAGUGAGCAUCAUCGUGAGUGCGUUGCUGUGUGCAGAGGGAAGGGUUCAUGUGCGUUGUGACACAUGCAUGGUAAUGAAGUGUCUGUCAAUGACAAGACUCAAAUGCGCAGAGAAAGGUAGAAAGUUCUCCACCUC